AUGGAUAGACCUCAAGUGAUCAACGUGAUUCACUCAAAGGAUAAUGAGAACGAGCAUCCACACAACGAUGCUCUGGUGAUAUCCCUUAAGAUCGGAGAAUGCCAGGUAAGGUGCAUUUUGAUUGAUCAAGGCAGCUCUUGUGACAUCACGUAUGUCAGCUAUUAUAAGGAGCUCGGCCUUCACCGAGAUGAUCUGGAACAGUCCAACAAUCCAAUGGUCGGGUUCAAUGGAACGCCGACAUGGCCCCUAGGAGUAAUAAGUUUGGAGGUGCAGGCAGGCACCAAGAAGGUAAGUACAGAGUUCUUAGUAGUUGACACCCUAUCCCCUUACAAUGUUAUCUUGGGGAGACCAUGGUUGCUCGCAAUGAGGGUUGUUCCUUCAACACUACACCAGCUAUUGUCGUUCCCAAUAGAGCAUGGAAUUAAGGAAGUCAGAGAGGAUUAG